CAGUCGAGCGGUGUAGACGUGCGUUUAGUAACGGGAAUCCUUUGCGAGCGUUUCAAUGGUCAAAUUCGUGUUUGCCACCCACUCACACAGUAGCACAGCAGGCGUCGUUUUUGCUUGAAAUUGCAACCAAUAAAAUAGGCACCAUCGUUCACAGUGUUUUGUUUGCCGUCUCCACCAGCAGGCGAAAGUUUGGAGGAGGCGCCACGUGCGGAAUAAUAUUUUGACGCACGCAUACAGCGGUCGGUGUGGCGGCAUUUUGCAAACAUCAAAACAACAGCGCGAGUGCACACGAAGGAAAUCCUUUGCUGACGUCGACGUCGUCGUCGUCGUCGUUGUCGUCCUCGUAAUCGAAGUUCGCUCUGCGUGUAGUGGUGCUUUCCACGGGCAGCCCAUUGUGUGUUUCUAGUUUGAAAAGGAGCAGGGAAAAAUACGAAAAAUCGGCUCCUUUGCCAUUUUACUUGGUUGAUCGUUUUCCUUUGUUUCCUCGUGUGUCAAUGCCUACUGCCUACUGUCAGUGGCCGUCGUCGGCGGUUGUAUAAUCAGUUUGAUAGCAGCAAUCGAAAGUGUUCGGACCUGGGUACUAAGGGGUGAAAAUUGUGCGCCAAGGUGCAGUUAUUGGCAAAUAAAGAAAAAACAACGAAAAUCAGUGGCAUAUUUGCAACCGAAUUGCUGGUGGUGAAAAUGUGAAGGUGUGGUUAUUUUUCGCUUGCAAAUUAUCAACACAGCUGCCAGUCGGAGGACCAACAGCAGCACGGGUGGUGGUGGUGGUUGUGGUUGAGAACCCCGAGGCAAAGUUUUCGUUUUCUUCUUUCGCCAUCGUUCUUCCUUGGCCUGCUGGCGGCUGGCUGGUCGUGCGGUGAAAAUCCCUCCCCAACCCAACAAACGCUGGAAACAAUAUUAUGGAAUUAUGUUUGCCGAACGGAGUCUUCUGAGCUGUUUAUAUAAUACCCUGAUUUUCUUACAGCUGCUUCCCAUGGUGCGCUCCUUCGGUGUGAUUUACGACGAGUACGUCGUGGAUCAGGGCAAAAAUCUGACGCUACAGUGCAGGUCAUCGUAUCCAGUAAGAUGGGUGCACGCCGGACGCCGGGACGACUUCCAGCAGUUUCAGAGCGACGGCUCGCUGCAGCUCACCAAUCUCACCACUAAAGACGGUGGUCUUUACACCUGUUCGGAGUUGGUUCCCUCCUUCACGACGGUAGAGCUGGACGUCGACAGUGGGGCGUCUCCGGAAAAUGUCACCAUCGAUAGCGUCCUGCUGUUCAGUCUUCACAAUGACACCCUAAACAGCAGUAGCAGCAGCAGCGUCGAAACGGACGAACAACAGGCAACGGCGUCGGCUGCGGUUAACGAUCAGCCCGACCAGUACGUCGAGAUACGGCGCUUCAACAUUAAGAUACGAAGGCCACCGCUGGCGGUUUCGAAUUUUUUCGUGCGUGCCUCCACCAUUAUUGCCGUGCUGGUGUGGGAAGUGCUACCAAACCGGACCGGUGGUUACGCGAUUCGUGAUUUUACCGCAGAAAUGCGCAAACUUCGGAUGACCGACGAUGAUCCCGAGGAACCGUGGGAAACGAUCGACCCACGGCACAUCAGCCCGAAUGCGCGACAGUUGGAGAUUUAUCACCUCAUCCCGAACACCACGUACGAGUUCAGGAUUUGGGCUAAUAAUGCGCUCGGUGCCGGUGAUGUAAUGACCAUAACGGCCACAACAACACCCGACAUGGAGGAAAAAGAUCUGAUCCGGCGGAUAAUGAUCGACGCGCAGAACUUUGACACCCGUGUUUGGAUAGCGGCCGUCGGUGUCGUCAUGGGAACGCUCGUUAUCCUCUCGCUCGGCACGUGCAUCGUGCUGUACAAGGAGUGCCGGGAGCCAAUCGGUACUGAAAAAGAGGAAGAGCUGGACAGCGUCGAGCUGGUGCCGAACAUAAUUCUCAAUCCGGGCUUCUGCGAUUCGGAUGAUCAGGGUCAGAACCCGCUGUCACCGCCGAUGCCACGUACGCUAGCAUUCCAGGGCAGUCCGGUCGUGGGUAACCACGUGAACUCACACAACCGCCGGGCCAGUAGUUACCAUCAAAACCACACCAGUCGCCCGCACUACGGCUCAUCGUACGGCGCCGGAGGCCGGUACCACUACGACGAUGAGGACGAUGAUUCCGACGAGGAACCGAUGACCUUCAGUCGCCGGAUGUCGAUCUUCUUUACCGGUAACACGAUCAAACGAAUUUGAGGGAAGGUAUUCCCGGAGGACUCCGCAAGGUACUACUAUUAGCGACUGCCAGCCGCGUUUCCGGUGCCUGUUAAACAGCACCUGGACUGUACAUAAAACCAUCAUACCAGCUUGCUUCGAUUGUUGGCUUCCCGAGUGAGAAAGAGAGAUAGAGAAAAAAAGUUCAAACCGGUGGGAAGCGAGCUAGCGACAGCCGCUUCUCAGCUCGAACGUCCUGCGAAUUUUGCGACAUUUUCCGACACCUUAAGUUCUAAUAGCAAAAAAAAAAAACUUGUGACAUGAAAUGUGAUACAUCGGACUAGGGUUUAUAGGAAUGAUAAAUCGAUUGGUACAAUAAGUAAACACAAAUAUUUCGCGAACAUUAGAGCCAAUUUAAACCAAAACAAGAAGAAAAAAAAACAAACGCAAAUGUUGAAUACGUAGCUUUUGUAAGUGAAACAUAAAGAAAUGAACAAACGAUAAUCGUAAACGUCGAAGGAACGCAGUUGUUUAAUAACGCAAAAAGUACUCACACACACAGAUACACUUGUUUACCAUGAUCAAAAAAAUUAACAUCCUAGAAGACUGUAGAGGUUGACAGACAGAUAGAGACAGAUAAAACCACGGCAAUAAAGAUGCAAUUUUCCGCCGUGUAACGAGAGUGUACAGCUUAACGGAGAAGCUAAUGAUUAAAUAUAAACCAGGAGAAGAAGCAGAUAAUACAUGCUUAUCAUGCACACCAUGCAAGACGAGACCUCACGCAGUGAUACGGAACUCGCUCGUUGUGUGCUCUGCUGCUUACUUACGUGUUUCCGUGGCCGUGCAUUCGAAAGCGGAGGGGGGAGAAUGGGAUAUAGGUAUUACACCGAGUGAAACGAUUUAGCGUGUAAGCCGAUUUUCGCUGUGAGGGCGUUUCGUUUUUUUUCUGUUAAUUACCGUCUCCUGUGGGGGUUUCACAGUAAUCGCUUAUAGUGUUACAUAAACCUGUUCUUUGGAGAAAAUCAGAAAUAAGCUCUCGAUACUUGUUCACCUCAAGCUAGGACUGUUUCCUUCAGCUGAGUUUGUUCAUUAAACAGGCGGCAACCCGUUGCUGUCAUGGUUUGGUUUUAUUCGGACAUGGUUUGUGUGAUGCACCCAAACUUAAUAUUGUUUUUAUUUGAAUAAUUUUAAGCAUUCUUAAUUGAUUUCAAAGAUUGAUUUUGCUGUUUGUUUAUAGUCUGCAAAUGCAUGACGAAUCGGAUAUUGUAUAUUUUCAAACUCAAAACACAAAUUUCGAUAUGAUUGGAUUAAUCGGAAUCCUCGCCUUAUGACUUCUGUAUAUCGAUUCUAAAAAAAACUUAUAUUGAGUGGCAUUCAGUCAUUGUUAACUGUUUACUAGAAACAGGAAGGUGUAUUCUUGGAAAUUUAAAAUGGCAUGUGGAGUUAAUUUCUGGCCUCUGAGUAUCAAUCUGAUUCUGGAAAUAACCACAUUGGGUUUUUAGGGUUUUUAGCUGUUUUCCAGAAACCGGAAGUCGCAGUCAUAGACAACAGAAUGAUUUCCAGAGUCGAUUCUUGACUGCUAUGCAUCAAAAACACUCAAUUGGGUAGUAUUAGGUCAUUUUCGACUGUUUUCCAGAAACGGAAGUCGUUAUCUUGGAUUUCAAAAUAGCAUUUGUGGUCAAUUUCUGACCUCUGGGUCCAGAGUCGAUUUUUGGCUUCUGUGCAUCGUUUUCCGGAAAAAUUGGUUGAAAUAUGUAUUUCAUUUGUGUAGGAAUACUUCUCCUCCUGAAUCGGAAAAGGUGUCAAACCAUCAUAGAAAUGUUUUAUGUGCUCUAAAAUCCUCAUUUUCCAAAUAAGGUUCCAUUUGCUUGAUUAGUUCUUGAGUUAUGUAUAAAUUCGUGUUUCAUUUGUAUGGAAGCCCUCCCUUCCAAAGGAGGAGAAAUCUCGAUCUACCACAGAAAUAUUUCUUGCUUUCGUUAACCAGUACACACCAAAUUUGAUUUCAUUUAUUUGAUUACAUCUCGAGUUAUACAGAUAUAUGUGUUUCGUUCGUGUGGGAACCGUCCCUUUUAAAACAGGUAGGGGUGUCAAACUACCAGAGAAAUAUUUUUUAUUUCUUAAAACAUCCACAUGCCAAAUUUGGUUCUGUUUGCUGGAUUCUCGAGUUAUGCAUUUGUGUUUCAUUUGUAUGAGAGCCCUCCCUUCUAGAGGUGGAAGGGGUCUCAAACUAUCAUAACAACCUUCCUCAGACCCAGAAACCUCUACAUAAAAAUUUUCAAGUCUAUAUGGAUUAAAUACACACUCACUUAUGGAUUAGACAGACAGACAGACAGAACUCCAUUUUUAUAUGUAUACAGGGUGUCACCAUGAAAUGAUACACUAGGGUGGGGAUUUCCAAAAAAAUUGCGUCAUCCGUAAUCCCAGGCAAAAACACCUCCUUGGAGUUCAAUAGCCAACAUAUAAAAAAUUGGUUCAAUUUUAUUUAAGUCUAAAGGUGGCGCAGAGGGCCUAAAGGUCAAAUUUUAAACAAAACAUAUACCUGCAUAGGAAAACAUGUGGUUUUGUGACCCUUGAGGGCAUAAAUUUUGUUCGUUUUGCGUUAAAUCAAAUAUCUUAAAUACCAAUAUAGUUCACUUACGUGAAAUUAUAAAGACAAAUUGAAAAUGACAGAAGCGUUAGUCACCUUUUCGACCACUAGGUGCGCCACUUCUGAUUUUGUUUUACACGACAUGCGAAAAAGAGUAACUUUUAACAAUAAUAUUACCCUAAUGAGUAUACUGAAAAAAAAAAUGCACAUUUUAUUCUGAAGUGGACUCGGCCGAAUAUUUUAUAAUAAUAAAGUUCGCCAAUGUAUGAGGCAAUCCAUGGGUGGUGUUCCACGGUUUGUACGUUUUUCGACCUCCGACAAUAUUUUGAGUUGUAAAAUGGCGACUUCCGGUGUCUGGAAAACUGCCGAAAAUGACCAAAUACCACCUAAUAUGGGUGUUUUUUAACUAGAAUGACGCUCAGAGGCCAGAAAUUGCCUCCAAAUGCCAGUUGUAAAUCCAAGAUGGCGACUUCCGGCUUCUGAAAAACAGCGGCAAAUGACCAGAUAUGGGUAUUUCCGCGAUUGUUAUGAUGCACUGAAGCCACAAAUCGACCUCAGACAACAUUUUGAAUUGUGAGAUGGCGACUUCCAGUGAUUGGAAAAGAGACGAAAAUGACCAAAUACCACCUAAUAUGGAUGUUUCUUUAACCAGAAUGACGCCCAGAGACCAGAAAUUGUCUCCGAAUGUCCUUUUGAAAUCCAAGUUGGCGACUUCCGGUUUCUAAGAAACAGUGAGAUAUGACCAAAUACCACCCAAUAUGAGUAUUUCUGAAAUCGUGAUGAUGCACUGAAACCAAAAAUCGACCUCAGACAACAUUUUGAGUUGUAAAAUGGCGAAGCUAAAAGUUGCACAACAACCAUAUACGACUAUUGACAACCAUUAUGCGGUUUCUCCUUUUAUCUUCUCCACGAGUAAUUGAAACAUUCAUUUAAUUGUACACUUCGUGGCCUGAUCAUUGAGCUUGAGCUUGACGGCCGCACAUUUCGUAGUUGCUUCCCGUGAUGGAUCUGAGCUAGUGAAGUUACACAGGGAACCACGUAUAUAGCAACUUGGGAUUAGUUUACCAUUUACACGUCGUGGCCUGAUUAUUUGAAUAUUUCUUCUUAGUGCCUCGAUGAGCUACAUCACAUUAUAUUAUCAAUAUUUAACUCCCGGAAUGGCGUUAGUUUUACAUACCAACAAUAUACGCACGAAAUCUGCAACAUAUUUUUUUCUGUGAAAGUAUGAAAUUGAGUCAACUAAAUCUAAAAUUGAGUAAAUUUAGUUUCGUGUGUGAAAAUGUCGGUCACACGCUCACAGAAAUUCAACAAAAAUGCACAGUGGUACAGUAAGGCAAUGUAGGCGGACAUGAGCUUUUCGAUGCGAUUUUUUGGUUUUAGAGUAAAAUUUUUUCUAAGAAGUUGUUUCUUAUAUUUAGUCUAUUUUUUAUGUGCAAAUGAAAAUUAGAGUGGUCCUGAAAUCGACUUAAUAAAAAAACUAACAUUUUUAUUUGCAGAAAUUAAUGUAUACAUUCAUCGGCACAGUUGUAGAUCAACUAAUUUUAAGCAACUUUUGGUAUUUCUUCACAAUAUUUAUACAAUAUUUGUUCUUUCAUAUGAUACAAAAAAAAAAUAUUUAUAUUUGCCCUAAACUGCCCAUAAUCGCAUAUUUGUAACAUUUGCAAAAUUGGUUGUUCGAGCAAAUCGCACUUUUAUAUUUUGACCUUAAAUGCAUUGUUCCUAAUAUAUUCUUGCAAAUAGACACUUCAACUGAACUAACUAUCAUGAAAAAAGUACUACUUUACACUAUGUAUACAUUGAAAAUUACUUUUGAAGUCAAAUUGGUUGAAGUUUUUGCAAUGAUACAUUUAUGCCGUCACUUUCAAGCUACUUUUGGAAUAUAUCACAGGGAAAAUGAAGUUUUUCAUGUAUUCAACAAGCAUGAGCUGAACAUCAGAAACUGAUCACCGCUGGUUAGUUACCGGACCAGAAUAACUUCCGAGUUCCAAAGGAUGCAGAUGUGGAUUUGGAUGGAAACUUUUUUGACAAAAAAGUUGAAAAAGUUAAGUAGUGUGACAAUUAUGCGGUUAUUUAUGCUAUGUUACAAAACAACUUGGUAUUUUUUACGACUUUUUUUAAACAAACAUAAGCAUAUUUUUCCAGAUGUAAAAAGUACAUACUAUUCUGAGCAUUUCCCAAUCAAAAGCACGAAAUCCAUAAAAUGUCGAAUGUUACAAUUAUGCGAUUACAGGCAGUAAACGGAAACAUCAAUAUAUCAAAAGGGCCUAUUUUUAAAAUAGAAAUAGUGAAGAGUCCAUCUGUACAAUAUAUCGACAAUGUUUUUUCGACAAAAUUGGCGUAUUUUUGAUUAAAGUUACCGAAGAAAACUUUGUUUUUAAAUUUGAAUCGAAAAAAUAGAGUGAAAAGGCUGAUUUGGAAACCAAAUUUAAUGUCUACAAAUGGUUUACAAUUAUUUACAAAAAUGGUUUACAAUUAUUUAUUUAGUUAUUAUUUAGUUUACAAAAAUGGUUUACAAUUAUUUAUGCAAAUAAAAACAAGUUAGUUUGUUUUUAUUCCGUUGAUUUUAGGACCACCCUAAUUUUCAUUCGCACAUAAAUAGAGGACUAUGUAUAAGAAACAACUUUUUACAAAAACUAUGGCUUUAAAUCGCAAACCAAAAUCGCAACGAAAAGCUUAUGGCCGCCUAAAUUGCCUUACUGUACCACUGUGCAAUGAGUUUAGUUACCUUUUUCACCACAAGAGGGGGUGUUCCCUGUCUGUCUCCACGGAAAUAUAUGGGAAAUUAGAGAGUGAACUAUAUUGUUAUUUUAAGAUAUUUGGUUAAAUCUAACCGUUGUCGGUUGCUGGAACCAGAGCUGCGAAAUUUCGAAACUUAAAAAUAAGAAUCACAACAGCAAUUUCAUUUUCUCAAGUUGAAACUGUUAUUGAGUGUUACCCGUGUCAAUUCUCACUGAAAAUCAUGUCAGUAAAAAAAAUGAUAUUGUCUAGGAACAUGUUGAAUACCGUAAGGCGUCCUAAUUCUGCGCGGUUUCUAACUCUGCGCACUUCAUAUUAAAAUGUUGGAACAAAAAUCAAUUAGAAGCAGAUUUUCAAAAAUGAUGUUGGGAAGUGAUUUCCUAUACAUCAACAGUUAACUUUCUGCUUAUGUUUCCUUUUUUACUAAACGGCAUCAACAUUUUGAUACUAAGUGCGCAGGAUUAGAGCGUCUCACGGUAUAUUUUAUCUAAGCCAAUCCUAUACAUAAAGCCGAUGAAGUAAAUAAGCAUCUACAUUCUCGAACCCAUAGACUUCGCUAAAACAACACUACCACUGUCAACAGAUUGAAGCUGAAAGUAAUUGCUUUCUUAGCUCGUUCGUGCUGAAAUUAAUAUUCACAGCUUUCAAUUUCAACUGAUAUUCUGUCGCUGACAGUAAAAAUUCGCAGCUCUGGCUGGAACAGCAUGAUAUGAUCAAAUAUCCAAUAUGGGUAUUCCAAAAGCGGGAAUAAUACCCAUAGUCCGAAAAUUUUUUACAGUUUAUAUUGUAAUUGAGCAUGACUGCCGUCUGCGACAUAUUCAGUUUCGAAAGUGCUUAAUGUUACGCAAUCUUUCGUACUGGAGGGCUAUCCUAUCCACCUGCAUAACAUAUUAGGUAGCCCGUAGUUGACUUGCGGUCCUUGGUAUCACGGAUCCAAUCAGCGUCGACGAAAACUUCUAAGUGCGUGGAAUCUACUUCCAGGACUAGCUCGUAGAUUACACUUUUGAGACACCGCUGGAUACGUUUCGCCUAUACUCAAUCAGUUGGUUAUUCGGCAGCGUAAACUCCUUCUUAAAGAGUAAGUAGCCAGAGUCCAAUGGGAUCGUAGACGGCUUCGCUGAACCGAAUUUUGUCAGAAGCUUCGUACGGUGCGACGUACUCCUCAUAACAGGUGACUUGGAUUCGGAAGAAGAAUUUGAUUUUCUCGGAAUACGUUACCUUGAAGUUUUGCUGCUUGAUGAUGCCCUCGAACUCCUUUUCCAGACUCAUAUACGGUAAGGAAAUCAUCAAGGUGCAAAGCAAUUUAAAUGAUUUUCCCAUCGCUCCUCCUGACGUAGAGGCACAGUCAUCCUUUGAUACCAACUCGUAGGUCCUCAACCGACGUGAAGACUUCUAGUUGGCACCAGACUCUGCGUUUCUCGUCUUCGUCGGCUGUUUAUCAACUUUCUUGGUCUCCUUGACAGCAGAUUUUUUGCUCCGAGAAAAUUCAUCCUGGUUCUGAGCCCUCUUUUUGGCAGUGGUGGCAAAUUUUACCGUCCACCUUCUUCCACAUAUCUCAAAUGUGAUCCAGAAAUCAUACCUUGAUUGCAGCCCUACAAAGAUACGAUCUACAAAUAGAGAGGUACCUUGGUGGAACCAAUCUUUACAAAAACUUCAGAAAAAAAUCGGAAACUUUUCAACUGGGCUACUCAACAGUAUGACCAAUACAAACAAUCCCUCACUGCCUAUGAAAAAGAAAUUAGAAGAUCAAAAAGGAUAAAUUGGAGGAAUACAUGUGAAAACAUCGACAAUACUCCACUAAUUAACUCAUUAACUUAUUAACUCAAGUGAAGACCAAAGUACCUCUGCAUCAAGAACUGGAAUUCUUGUAAUCAGGACAGAAAUUCACAAAACGGUGAAUACGAUGACUGAGCUAGAACAGAACUUUAAUAUGAUGAAGCAAUAACUUUGGUUGAUCAAAUUUCAACUAAAAGUAGAGCUGAAUGAGCCCUUCAAAUCACCUGGUAAGGUCGCUAUUUUUUCUGUAUGUACUACUACAGAAGGGUGAAGCAGUUCUUCUUCAGUCCAUUCUGACACAAUGCUUUUAAUCCAGUUUAAUUCUAGGCUAUAUUCCGGAACCAAAAUCCUUUGGGCCAAUAAGCUUAUCAUCAGUCGUUCUCAAAACAAUGGAAAAAAUAAUCGGUAAACACAUCAAGUCAUCAUAUCGUCGGUAACUCCAUGCUAUAGUUACAAAACUAGGGAAAUCUUCUACAGCUAAAGAAAUUGUCAUUUGAUAUUGAAGGAGCGUUUGGUAACUCAUCUCAUAACUCAAUGGUUGGUGCAAAGAAGAAACGCGGUUUCGAUAAUUGCUUUAUUCAUUCGGGCUUCUAGAACCCUUUUAAAACUGGAGAACACAUCCUAGUAUUGUUGUGCGUUUAAUACCGGACUGGACUAAUGCUAUUGGUCAGACUAGGGCGACUACUUCCAAUACGGUAUCCUGACUUAGCAAGAUUAAAAAGGGGGAAUAAGUCACAAAAUAUCGAAAAAAAAUUGAUCGCAGUGACAAAAUACCCAACACGAAAAAAAAAAUCUUAAACGGCUCACAAUCUUUUGUAAUUGAGUAUAUAGUGGUCGUAGAUCGGAUAAUCUACUGAAUUCGUUUUAUCUUGAUGAUGGAAAAGCUAGGAACGAACAUUUAUUGAAAUCUAUUCUUCGAUAUGAAAUUGAUUAUCCGUCGCUUGCUUGGUUUGUACCUCCAACAGUUUCUGGAAAACUGCCUAAAGUUAAGUAAAGCGACCAAUGCAUAUAUUUUUACAAGACUGAGAAAAGUGAACGAGAACAGAAGGUGUAACCAAACCGGUCUCGAACCGAUAAUCUUCGAUGGUGUUUCAGCCAAUUAGAUUACUGAGAAGGUAGCCUAUUGGUGGUGGGCUAUCGUAUCCCGUUCCUAGUGCAACUCGAUCGAUCACACACCUUGUCUUGUGGCAGUUACUUUUCUAACUGAGAGAGAGAGUGUCUCUAAACACGCAGAGCAUAGCAACUUACUAUAUCUAUGACCUGUUCUUUCUUCGAAUAGAUUUUACGCUUCAGGUUAACCCAGAAAUUCUCGAUGGAACGCGGCUGGGGACGUUAGGCGGGUCCGCCGACUUAUGUACCACAUCGAUAUUCAGCCGCUCCAUCUCCUCCAACGAUCACUUCGAGUACUGGACCGUGGACCGCCCUUAUGGUAUUUCUUGAUGAACGACGCACUUUCCGGCAGGUAUUUUGUAAUAUAGAACUCCCGUUCACAGCCAGUCCGGAGCGAAAGAAGAGCGGCUCUCGCUGAUUGUCAACCACAGCAGCACCUUCCUGAGGAACUUGGUGUAUGAAAUUAACUUGGCCUCGGAGCUCACCUCGUUCAUGGGGGAAGUAAAAUACGAAGUGCCCUGCUAGUCGUUGCCAUCCAGAGUAAGGGUUUCAUCGUCCAUCACCACCGCCGCAUUGCGAUUCGCCGUAAAAAUCGACUUGAGCAGCUUAUUAAACCGUUGCCGCUACGUCAUUGCCUGCAACUACGAGACCAGUAGACGGGCCUGCCGUUUCCCGAUCUGGCUAAGCGCACGCAGCGAUGUAGCCACUUUUCCGCAGUCUCCCGCUUCAGCAUCCUUUGGAGCUUCUUGUCGCUCAGGGUCGUCGGGUGACUGAUCGUUCUCCAAUAGUGCCAGGAUGUUGUAGAUGCUCGACCGGGCGUAUCUGGCGUCCAAAAAGCGACGCACGAUGUCCGUUUCCGACGCAGCACAUUUCUGAAGGGAGUAGUUUUACUGUUUUCGCUAUCAUGGUUAGAGUUCAACUGAUAGAGCUGUCAAUUUUUUUCUGCUGACUUAUGGAUUACUAUGAUUGAUGCUGCUUGGGUAGUUUCGUCCGUCCAGUUUUCUAAUGCAGGCAUUAACUUGAGAAAACCUAUAUUUUCAUGAUAUUCAACAGUGCUGCAGGUGGCAACCCUUGAUAUACAUUACUAACACUUAUUUGGAGUUCUCUCGAGUUGCCGCUUUUCUGAUAUUUGCAUCUAUUAAUGUGGUGUCCAAAAGAAAAGUAAAUGAAAAUCUUCUAAUGUAAUUCGUAUGGUUUAUUUCAUGCAUUUGUUUUUACUCAACAUUGUUGUUUGAAACUCAACACACUUGUUUGAUUGUUUUUUUUAAAUGAGCAAAAAUGUUGCUUACAAUGAAUAAUAAAUGUUAUACGAUGAAAAUUAUCUUCAAUGAGACUUGAACCCGGGUCUGUAACAUGCUAUUUCGACUGCUACUGAAGUACGUGAAUGAUCUUAGAAUACGUGUGUUUGAAGAAUCAUUUAUCAUGAGUUUUCACUGUCUAGUAACAUCAUGUAAAAUUGUAUUGGGGAUUUUGGAGAGGGUUAUAUUUUUCCGAAUAUAAAGCUUGAUAAUUACUUUUACCUGAAGUCUUCAAGAGGCAUUCAAGCUCUACAUCAUAUGGUGCACGAAAGCACUCUAAGCGCAUAAUUUGCUCUCAGUCAUACACGCUUACUAUAAUGUUGUUAAACAUUAAUAAUGUUCAUGUCAAGUUAAUGCAAAUUUCCACGAACGACAAUGGCGGAUAGUGGACGCCAUGACUGGCGAUAUAGCGUACCGCUGUGCCAAAACAAAAGUCUGUAAUGAGUCAUUACUAAUGACAAAACGUCAACACACUCCCAGAACGAAGAAGAAGAAGAUAGUGGACGCAACCCAUUUUGACGUAACGUAGCUUGGCAACUUCAACAAACAGUGGGCGUUUUGUUACUUAACUUUCGUCUCCUGUAUGCGUCGAUCAAAAUGAAGAAAACUGUUUGUUCAAGUAGCUGCUACGUUGCGAUGUUUUCAUAUUUUUCAGUAAAAGUUUAUCUUACAUUUACCCAUUCUGAACUUUUCUACCAAAGGUGACAUUAUCCCAGUCAAAUUAAAAAAUUUAACCUUUUUUUGUAUUGUAUUGUUUAUUUGUAUUGUUCUAUUUAUUUGUAUUGUUCUAAAAUUUUAGUGUUAAUUUUCUAACUUUGUAAGCUUAAAUUUGAAAUAACUUGAAAACAGACGCAUAUAUUUGCCGUGGAAAUGCUACAUAGCAGUACAAAGAAACAGUGAACGAGUUUUUUUAAACCACUGAAUAAAACAAAACUAGAAUUAUUUGUUUAUGUUGCUAUUACGUUAUAGUUGUUUUUCUGCUUCACUUUCGAAGUUUUUUAUGACACUUUUCUGUUAUUUUUUACGUUUGAAAACCGCAGCCCUACUGCGAUUGGAUUUCUGUUUCUUUCAGUAGCAGUUUCGGUUAUUUGAGUCUUCCUCCGCUGAACAAAUAAGUUGUUAUUUCUUAGCUAUAAAAAUGAAUUCUGUUAGUAUUUUGAUUACAUUUAGUUCCACAAACGCCCUCAACGCUUACCUUCAAUUGUUAGGGGUUCUCAAAAAUAAAAAAAAAAUAGAAGUCGAAGCAGUCGAGCACGAGAAAACAAAAAGACACAAACGCCUUCUGCGCAAUUCAAACUAAUAAAACGGCUGAGUGAGUAAACACAGUUCAUAUGAUAUAAUACGGACAACUUUUUAUAUUAAAAAGUUGCAAGCAUAUUUAGACGAUAUAUUUUAAACAUAAACAGCAUUAUUGAUAGUAUUUGAAGAAGAAAAAAAAGUUGUUAUUGAGAUACACUGCAAGUUAAAAUUACAAUAAAACAAUUCAAAAUAAGCGUUGCCGUGUGUUGCAAGCUUGUCCGCACUGAUUAAACCCAGAAGAUAUCUGAACACUGAAUACGAAACGGUGCAAUUCUAAGCCUGCGUUGGCGCAAGUCCGAGCCCCGCCCGUUACCCACCUUUCUGAAGAUGCUAACUCUUACUUUCACCAUUACUCUGUUUAGUCCUGAUUGCUUACCGCUUUAGGGUUCACUGAGCCUGAGUAAAACAAAACAAAAAAAAAAGACUCACCGAUGUAUAAUAGAACAAAAAUCCAUAACGCAAAUUUAGCUGUAAACAUAAACAUGUGCAGAACACGUAAAAAACUAUAUGAAAUCAACACAAAUAAGCUAAUCAGAAACUUCAAACUUCAUAUCAGAAAGUCUAUCUACAAAUACGAAAGAAAUUAAAACACGAUAUGAGCACUGAGUGAGAGUGGCGCAAGGAAAGGAAGAAAUCAAAAUGAAAAAAAAAGCCAGACUAAUUGUGAGAGGGCAAAAAGAAAAAAGUGUGAAGAAUUACGCAGAAUGAUAUUGAUAUUUAUACUCGUAAGAUUUAGUUGGUUCUUAACGCGCCUUAUCGUGAGAGGACACUGCGAAACAAUCUGUGUGAGAGAUUUAUCGUCAUUUCCGUCGACUGUCGAUGCCAUCAACUAGAUUGACUAAACAAAAUGCCUAUAAUUGUACAUGUAGAAAAAAGCUACUCUUAUUAUAUAUUAAUCAAACAACAACACCGCUGCAAGUAAUGAAAGCAAAAAAAAAAACAAAUCUAUUGAAACAGCAAAAAAAAAAAAAAAACUAAGCGAAAAAUGUGAGCGCUACUAUUGCUAUACCGUAGAGUUGAUAUUUGUCGUCGCUCCUCGUCGUACUUAAAGCCAUCCCGGUUAAGAUUGUGGCUUUUGCUGUUCCCCAGUCCAACAGAAGAACCACCCCGCGGAGCGAGCGGAAUCUGUUCACUUUGCCUUGCUUCAUUGUCAAAAAAAAAAAAACAGUUAAAAGUCAUAACCUCAUUGCGAAUCCCGGCAAUAAAACAUGGCAGAGGGAACUAGAUCAAGCAAAGCGUAUCAUCAAACGCCAUUUAGAAACUCACACUACAACACCCGCUUCAACUGUCAUCGCACUUGGUACAGAGCUUCAUUUCUCUUUCUCAUCGUUGAUCGUUUUUUCGGCACCUCAAGCUUAUCAAAACCCUAAGGGCACCAAUUCGAGUUCGUUGAUUUUGAAAUUCAACACGCAUUUUUUUCUUGCAUGAUCCAUCAGAAAACAUUUCGCAAAUACUUUUUUCGCCAUACACACGAUCAAUAGCGAACCAGACUCAAGUUAUACCCAGUAUCCAAUUUAAAAGUAUCAUCCAAGUAGCGUCAACUUUUUUCAAUCACAGAUUACAGAACCCAUCAGCAAAACAUUAGCAGCAAAUUUCAACUUUUUCCAGCCCAAUGCAAAUAUAAACUCAACUCAACUAAACUGUCUAGAGAAUCACGAUCCAACAAGCGGAAUGCAUUGCAUGAUUGCGACAAUUGAGCAAACUAUAUAAACACUGCUCCUGAAUCUUUUUGCGCUCCUUUUUUUCACUCAAUCGUAUACUACUAGUUUUGACUCUGUAAGUAAGUUACUGAACGAGGCGCAGUUUGAAGAAUUAAUCUUUUUUAAAUUUGGCUUUACAUAUCUUGUUUAAAAUUCACUCCAACCCGUACCAAUCACACAAUACUUCCCACUCCCGCCCCAUUUGAUUUGCCCCCAUUUUGUUCUAACUCUGUAAACUGUUGCUUACUAAUAUAACCUCGAUCUGUUUUUUUCCUCUGUAGGUCUUUCAGAGACUAAUGAUUUCUUUAGAGGGCGCUAAGUCCAGCAGACCCGUACAUGAAAUACCGUUUUAUCUUGUCUUCUAACGUUCAAUUAAUCUAGCUUUUAAAUAACGAACCAGUGGGAACACAAACAUGAUUAAUAAUUAAGCUUUACUAAUAUAACAGAGUUAUUCUAAAUUAUCUUUUGAAGUCAACUUCUUGGAUCCGUAACUAGUAAUACUGGAUUUUUCGUCCCCUACUUCGAGAUUCUAAUAACGCAUAAGAUGCUUAUGAAAGCAAAAUUCGAUUUCGAUUCAAAGUUUUGACCUAAUAUAUAUAUAAAAAGUACACCAAAAUUUGAAACAAAAAGUUAUAUUUACACUGAUUCUAGUGACAUAAGCGCACCCCAGCAUAUAGCAGCGAAAGCGUAGAGUAAGGCGAAUAUUGUCCAGCAAUUGUGAAAAUGCAUUUCACGGUCAUCUGCUCUUCUCAUCUUUACAAAAACAAACCUUACACUUUAUCUAACUUUAAAAGAAAAAUACUAAACUAAACUAUUCGUGUCUGACUGUUGCUUUUUCCGAUAGCUUUCAUAAUCGCAAUUCAUAAAACAAGCCCACGCUGAGAUAUUAAUACGAAUAAGUGAUGAAACCAAAUUAAUAGCUAUUCAAUGACAAAAAAAAAAACAGUGGAACGUAAUUAAUAAAUUUCUAUCCCUAAAGAGAAAAAAAGCAAGCUGUAAAUUUCCCGCGAAAAAAAAUACUGCACACCCCCUCCCCACUGUCGUCCUCCUUUUCUCCACCACAACAAAUGCAAACAUCUAGAACCGACAUACUCUUAUCGAGGAACGAACGAUUCCCGAGCAAGAUCAUCAUGUAAACGCCAGUGUCUUACAUAUUUUAUUACAUUUUCAAAUAAAAAAAAAAGCUGUUGAGGAACGUGCGUUGUGCCG